CUCACACCCACACUCACAGACCCACAUCCACACUCACAAACUCACACACACACUCACAGAUCCACACCCACAAGCACAAUCCCAGACAGGCUCAAGCACUCCCUGCAUCAGGCACUCAGCACCUCACUGACACCCCUCUCACACUCUUUGCUGCCCCAGGCACCCAGCACGGCUACUCCCACCAUGGCAGACACCUGCUUCUCUGGGCCCUGUGUUCCCACCUCCUCAGCCGUCUCCGUCUCCUCCAGUGAUGUGAACUGCGGCAGCAACGUCUGCCUGCCCAGUGCGGGCACGGGCUCCUCAUGGCAGCUGGAUGACUGCCCCGAGAGCUGUUGUGAACCCGUGUCUCUCAUCUGCAGGCCCGUAUGCAGUCCAGCUGCCUGCUGUGUGCCUCUCUCUUGCAAACCCACUUAUUGCAAGUCUUCAUCUUCUUCAUCCUCCUCAUCCUCAUCCUCAUCUUCCUCAUCCUCUCACUGCUGCUGCUGUGCCCCCUCCUCCUGUCCAGCCACCAUCUUGUGCCACCCUGCCACCUGUGUGUCCCUCAUCUGCAGGCCCGUGUGCAGCCCAGCUGCCUGCUGUGUGCCUCUCUCCUGCAGACCCUCCUGCUGCACCACCACGUCCUCCUCCUCUUGCUGCUGUGCCCCUUCCUGUUGUCCAGCCACCACCUGCUGCCACCCUGCCUCCUCUGUCUCCCUCAUCUGCCAGCCCACAUGCUGCAGACCCGCCUGCUGCACUGCCACCUAUGGUCAAAAAUCUUCCUGUUGACCACAGGGC